AUGGCUCUGGCGUUGCACUGGCGAGGCACCACCGUGCCGCUCCUCCCGCCCAGCAGGCGGCGCUGCGGCCUCCUCGCUCCGCCCCCGUCGCCGCUCCGGCCCGCCCCCCGCCUCACUGGCCGCUUCAUCCGGGUCCCGGCGCCGCGCAUGCGCGCUGACGAACCCCCGCCCCCCCGGGAACCUGAGCCCCCCGCGGAGGAGCCCACCCUCACCUACCCCCUCGACUUCGAGAAGUUUUGGCAGGCGGCGCGCAACAACCCCCACGACUUCACCGCCUGGACCGAGCUCCUGCAGUAUGUGGAGCAAGAGAACCACCUCUUCGCUGCCCGCAAAGCCUUCGACGCCUUCUUCGCCCACUACCCCUACUGCUAUGGGUACUGGAAAAAAUACGCUGACAUGGAGCGUCGCUUUGACUGCAGCCGGGAGACCGAGGAGGUUUUUGAGCGGGGGCUGCAGUCCAUCCCCCUCAGCAUGGACCUGUGGAUCCACUACAUCUCCUACCUCCAAUCCACCCUGGACAUGAAUCUUCCUGAAUCCAUCCAAAAAAUCCGUGGCGUCUUCGAGGCGGCGGUGGCGGCGGCCGGCAUGGAUUUCCGCUCGGAUAAAUUGUGGGAACUCUACGUGGAAUGGGAACGGGAACAAGGAGACCUGCGUGCCGUCACUGGUAUCUACGACCGUGUCCUCUCCAUGCCCACGCAGCUCUACAACCAUCACUGGGAGAAGUUCAAGGAACACGUUCUCCACAACCCCCCGAAGGACAUCUUGUCCCCGGAGGAGCUUCUCUGGGUCCAAUCCAAGCUGGCCACCGAUCCCGUGCCGAAACCGCCAGAGCCGGAAGGGACGGAAGCGCCGCCGGGAGAGGAUCUGCCCCCUGGCGUGGAGGGGAAAGCGGCAGCGACCGACACCCAGGAGGAUCUAGACCAGGAAAAAAUCCGGGAGCUGGUGAUCUCCAUGCGGCAACAAAUCUACGCUCAAAAUGAGGCGGAAGUCAGCAAACGCUGGAAUUUCGAGGAUGGGAUCAAACGUCCCUAUUUCCACGUGAAACCGUUGGAAAGGGCUCAGUUACGGAAUUGGCGGGAUUAUUUGGAUUAUGAAAUGGCAGCCGGCUCGCACGAACGCACCAUUGUCCUCUUUGAACGUUGCGUCAUUGCCUGCGCCCUCUACGAGGAGUUUUGGAUCAAGUACACCAAGUAUUUGGAAAAUCACACAGUGACAGGAGCCAGGAGCGUUUUUCAGCGAGCGUGUGGUUAUCAUCUGCCCAGAAAACCCAACAUCCACCUUCUCUGGGCUGCUUUCGAGGAGAAACAAGGGAAUUUGGAUGAAGCCCGGCGUAUCCUGCGCUGCUUCGAGGAGGUAGUGCCAGGUUUGGCGAUGGUCCGGUUACGCCGCGUCAGCCUGGAACGACGACAGGGAAACCUGGAAGAGGCGGAGGCGUUGCUGUUGGAAGCCAUGCACGCUAACGAAGGGCUGCCCCUCGCUUCCUUCUACGCCGUCAAAUUGGCUCGGCAAGCCUGCAAGGUGCAGAAAAACCUCGGCAAAGCUCGCAAAGUGCUGGUGGAUGCCCUGGAAAAGGAUCCGGACAACGCCCGCCUCCACGCCAACCUCCUGGAAAUGGAAUUCGGGGCCGACGUCCGACAAAACGAAGGCAACACCAUGAGCUGCUUCGAGCGGGCGCUGCGCAGCCCCCUCCCCGAUGAAGCCAAACUCAUCUUCUCCCAACGCCGCGUCGAGUUCCUCGAGGAUUUCGGCUCCAGCAUACACAGCUUGCUGACGGCUUACGACGAGCACCAGAAGAUCCUCAAACAGCACGCGGCGCGCAAGAGGGCCCCUGAAAAUGGGUGA